AUGUUCUUUCAUUUCCAUUUGCUUCACUUGGACCUCGCCAAGGUUUAUUUAUCUUUAUCAAGAACCAAGCAGUUGCAUGCUUUGAUUCUCAAGACCCAUCUCUCCCACGACCCAUUUUAUGCAACUAGAAUCGUUAGAUUCUAUGCAGUCAAUGGUGACCUUCACUCUGCUUGUAAGCUGUUCGAUGAAAGUCCCAGCCAAAGCGUCUACCUUUGGAACUCCAUAAUUCGAGCCCACGCUCAAGCCCACAAAUUUGAGGAAGCAUUUUCUCUGUUUACUAAGAUGCUUAGAACCGAAAUCAAACCUGAUAACUUCACUUAUGCUUGCAUUAUACGUGCAUGCUCUGAGAGCUUUGAUUUGGAAGGACUGAAGCUUGUCCAUUGUGGAGUAACAGUUUCAGGGUUAGGAUUGGACUCUAUUUGUAGCAGUGCACUUGUUACAGCUUAUUCAAAACUCGGCCUUGUUGAUGAAGCAAGUAGGGUGUUUUAUGGGACACCACAGCAGGAUUUGGUUUUGUGGAAUUCUAUAAUUUCAGCUUAUGGAAACUGUGGACGCUGGGACAAAGGUUUGCAACUGUUUAGUGAGAUGAGAAGCAUGGAGAUGAUGCCGGAUGGAUACACAAUUGUUGGGUUGCUUUCGGGUUUAUCGGAUUCCAGCUUGAUAACUAUUGGCCAAGGACUACAUGGUCUUUGUUUGAAAUGUAAUUUAGAUUCUAAUGCUCAUGUAAGCAGUGUCCUUGUGAGCAUGUAUUCAAGAUGCAUGUGUAUGAACUCUGCACAUAGAGUUUUUAGUGGUUUGUUCCAGCCAGAUUUAGUUACAUGGUCUGCUUUGAUAACUGGGUAUUCACAGUCUGGGGAUUAUGGUAAGGCAUUGUUCUUCUUCAAGAAUUUGAACAUGGAAGGUAAGAAGGCUGAUUCCAUUUUGAUUGCCAGUGUGUUGGCUGCUGCUGCUCAGAUAGCAAAUGUAGGGCCUGGCUGUGAGAUUCAUGCUUAUGUUCUUCGACAUGGACUUGAAUCUCAUGUCAUGAUUUCCUCUGCUCUCAUAGCCAUGUAUUCAAAGUGCGGUUUCUUGGGCAUGGGGACUCGUGUGUUUGAGAUCAUGCCAGAAAAGAAUAUUAUUUCCUACAAUUCAUUAAUAUUGGGUCUUGGUUUGCAUGGACUUGCCUCUGAGGCCUUUAGAAUGUUUGAUGAGAUACUGAGAAACGGGUUAAAACCUGAUGAAUAUACUUUUACUGCUCUCCUUGGUGCAUGCUGCCAUGCUGGCCUUGUCAAAGAUGGCCGUGAAAUUUUCAGAAUAAUGAAGGAUGAGUUUUGCAUUCAACCUAGAACAGAGCAUUAUGUUCAUAUGGUAAAACUUCUUGGGAUGGAAGGAGGGUUGGAAGAGGCUUACAAUCUAAUCUUGUCCUUGCCAGAACCAGUGGACUGCGGCAUUUGGGGAGCCCUGUUAUUGUGCUGCGAUGUCUGUGGAAAUUCUGAGCUGGCAGAAAUUGUAGCCCAGAGGCUCUUUGAGAGUAGUUCCGAGAAAGGUGCUUAUAGGGUCAUGCUUUCUAAUAUAUAUGCUAGCGAUGGGAGGUGGAAUGAUGCAAAGAAGUUGAGAGAUCACAUGACAGAAGGCAAACUGAGGAAGAUAACGGGGCUUAGCUGGAUUAAAGGUAGUGAAUUAUUGUUUGAUCAAAAUUUUCCUUGUAUUGGGCUAUAA